UGCGCGCGGUACAGCCCUUAUCCAAGCUCUUCUCCAGAAUGACGUGAACCUUGUCCGUUUCCUCGUCUCUAAAGGCGCCGACGUCAAUAUGGAGACCAUGCCAACCAUGCAGCGAUUGCGUCGGCCAGUCGGGGUUGCGAGGGGUACGACACCGCUUGAUAUAGCGGCGAGCGCUUCCUCACUGGAGAUACUCCAAAUACUUCUCGACAACGGGGCAAAGCUCGAGCGCAGCAGUGCCUUGCACAAAGCUGCAUCAUCGCCUAACGACAAGGAUGACCGCCUCCCAGUGAUGCAGUUUCUGCUAGAUUGUGGGAUGGAUAUCAACGCGUUUGAAAGAUUUCCUGACGAUACGCGUUUUGAUAUUCGUAAGCAACUACUGGGCACACCGCUGCAUUACGCAACUGCGCGUGGAAACGUGAAGGCUGUGCGGUUCCUACUUGAGCAUGGGGCAGACAAGUCCGUUGUUGCGGCACGGGAUACAGGGACACCAUAUAGAUGGGCGCACGAGUAUCCACCUGGGGAGAAUGAAGAGGGCGAGCCGGACAUAAACGAAGAGAUAGUGCAGAUGCUGAAGUGAGAUGGGGGAGAGGAAAGCAUUAAGCAGGGAAUUUUGAUUGCCUACACAUCCCCACAACAGAUCCAAUGAGAAACUACGGCA